AUGUUGGAAAAGAUAAUGACAACACCUAGGAAAGAAAAGAAGAGAGAGGCUAGGAGAGAGGAGAAGGCUGAAAAAGCAGCAGUCUUGGAUAAGAGCAUUGAAAAAGAAUUGCUUGAAAGACUUAAGAGAGGAGUUUAUGGUGAUAUAUAUAAUUAUCCAGUGAAGGAAUUCUAUAAAGUUAUUGAUAUGGAGGAUCAGCAGGCUGCUAGUGAAGAUGAAGAGGAGGAGCCUGAGAUUGAAUAUGUCGAAGGAUAUGAAGAACUUGAAGAGGAAGAAGAUAUAGAAGAUUUUGGUGGUCUUCCAAAUUGCAAAUCUUACCCAGAUUUUGAUGAUGCUGUGGGAACAGAUGAUGAAGAUGAAGAAAGCUUAGCAGUUGAGAGAAAGAGGGUGAGAAAAGACUCUCAAAGAAAACUUGAGAAAGAUGAACCUGGUUCCAAGUUGAAGAAGAAAGCUAGAGUACUUGUUGAGGUUGAGCAUGAGGACACUGAAGAAAGACAGAUGGCAGUCCACUAUCUUGAUAAAUCAAGAGCUUUUACUUCUCUCAUGACCGGCCUGAAGUGGGAACAGUUGCUUGAAGAGAUGCAACAUUUGGGGAUGUCUCUAAGUCUAGCUGUCUGGGGUUUUUCUAGGUUCCCUAGUGUAAUAUUUCCUCCUCCUCUUUACAGUACUCGCUCAUUUAUUGAUAGUUUGAAGCAGCAGGAGCCAGGUAGCCUGGAGAUUCAAACGGGUUCGGGCUGA